GCCUGGUCGGCCUUCGCUGUAGUCUUCAACUCGCCUCCGCUUUCGAUCUCCGUCCGAUUCAAUUUUCCAUUUCUGUUCUUGGUUGAAAACAUCGUUUUUCAUUAAUAAUCCAUCUAAAUUAAUAAUUCAAAUCGGUGCUGUUUUUCCGAUCUUUUAAGGAUCUUUGUAAAUGUUUGAUUUCACUACACAGCAGGAUCUAAUUGAUGUUGCUUGUCAGAGGUAAACCUAUAAGUAAAUCAGAUGAAGUCUCUAUAAGUUCGAGAAAGUAGUUUCAGAAAAUGGAAGAAGAAGAAGAAACAAGGGACCAUAGAGGAUUUUCUGGUAGUAAUCCUAAAACCUGCGGAGUAGGAACUGGUGUAGACCAUACUGUAGGAACAUCUAUUACAGAAAAAGUUGAGAUACAUAGUAAUAUUGCAGAUAAUGAAGGUACCAAUGUAGUUUUGCGAGGAGUUGAUUCAUCUUCUCCUGUCGUAGAUGAUGAUCUUUUUGAGCAUGUAUCACUGAAAGAACAUAAUAAAAAUGCUGAGGCUGUGAAUGAGUCUUUCAAUUCAGAUAAUUUGAGAUAUUCGUCCGGUGGAAGUGAAGAAACAUUUGAGUUUUCCUUUGGAAAUGUUCCAACUUCUAUCUCUACCCCAGAUGCAGAGGUGCAUCAUGAUCACCAUUUUUCAAGCCCAGGACCCGAGAGAUAUUUGACUAAUAACGUUACAGUAUCAUCGUCCUCAGUUAGUCUUGAUUCUGCUCUGCAUUUAUAUGGAGAUAGUGGAUACUCUCCUUUUGAGUCCCCUCAAAAGCCCAAGCCUAAACAGGUUAUGCUUAAUGUGUCUCCGGAGCUAUUGCAUUUAGUAGAUUCUGCUAUAAUGGGCAAAACGGAAAGCUUGGAAAAGCUGAAGAAUAUUGUGAGUGGUGUUGAAAGUUUUGGGAAUGGUGAGGAGGCUGUUACCAUUGCUUACUUGGUAGUUGAUUCACUUCUUGCCACGAUGGGAGGUGUUGAGUCUUUUGAAGAGGACGAAGACGACAAUCCUCCUAGUGUUAUGCUGAACUCUAGGGCUGCCAUUGUGUCAGGUGAGCUUCUUCCUUGGCUUCCUGCUGUUGGCGAUUUUGAAGGUUUCAUGUCUCCUAGGACUCGGAUGGUAAGAGGUUUACUUGCUAUAUUGCGUGCUUGCACUAGGAACAGACAUAUGUGCUGUGUGGCUGGUUUAUUGGGGGUGCUGCUAUACUCAGCUGAGAGAAUUUUUGUUCAUGAUGUUAGUGCACCUGAGAAAUCGAAAUGGGAUGGAACUCCUCUUUGCUCCUGCAUUCAAUACUUAGUUGGUCAUUCUCUUAGUCCAAGUGAUCUGCAUCAGUUGCUUCAUGUCAUUACAAAACUACUUGCCACCCCAUGGGCAGCUCGUUUAGUUCUUUCUCUGGAGAAAGCUAUGGGUGGAAAAGAGGUCAGGGGUCCAGCAUGUACUUUUGAGUUCGAUGGUGAAAGCUCUGGUCUGCUUGGUCCGGGAGAGAGCCGAUGGCCUUUUACUAAUGGAUUUGCAUUUGCAACCUGGAUCUACAUUGAGUCAUUUGCAGAUAAUUUAAGCACAGCAACUACAGCUGCUGCAAUUGCAGCUGCAGCUGCUGCCACAUCAGGGAAAUCAUCUCAUAUGUCGGCAGCAGCUGCUGCUAGUGCUCUAGCUGGUGAAGGCACAGCACACAUGCCUCGGCUGUUCAGUUUCUUAACUGCUGAUAAUCAGGGGAUGGAGGCUUAUUUCCAUGCACAGUUUUUGGUUGUUGAAUGUGGAAGUGGGAAGGGGAGGAAAUCUUCUUUGCAUUUUACUCAUGCGUUCAAACCGCAGUGUUGGUACUUUAUUGGCCUUGAACAUACUUGCAAGCAGGCGCUCCUUGGAAAGUCAGAGAGUGAGCUAAGGUUGUACGUAGAUGGUUCGCUGUAUGAAAGUCGUCCUUUCGAUUUCCCACGAAUUUCCAAGCCACUGGCAUUUUGCUGCAUUGGGACUAAUCCUCCGCCAACUAUAGCUGGUUUACAACGACGUCGUCGUCAAUGCCCUUUGUUUGCUGAGAUGGGGCCUGUAUAUAUUUUUAAGGAACCUAUUGGGCCAGAGAGAGUGGCACGGUUGGCUUCUAGGGGAGGUGAUGUGCUGCCUUCUUUUGGUAGCGGGGCUGGGUCCCCAUGGCUAGCCACAAAUGACCAUGUCCAAAGAAUGGCACAAGAUAGUGCAUUUCUGGAUGCAGAAAUUGCUGGAUGUCUUCAUCUACUUUAUCAUCCCACCUUACUCAGUGGGCGGUACUGUCCAGAUGCUUCUCCUUCUGGUGCUGCAGGCAUGCUUCGAAGACCUGCGGAGGUUCUUGGUCAAGUGUAUGUCGCUACAAGAGUGCGGCCAACAGAAGCUCUGUGGGCCCUGGCUCAUGGAGGUCCAAUGUCCUUACUUCCACUAGUGGUGAGCAAUGUGCAAGAGAAUAGCCUGGAACCACUCCAAAAUGACCUCUCUUUGUCUUCGGUCACUACUUCUCUUGCUGCUCCCAUAUUCAGAAUUAUCUCUUUGGCCAUUCAGCACCCUGCGAACAAUGAAGAGUUGUGUCGCAGAAGUGGCCCUGAAGUUUUAUCGAGAAUCUUAAACUAUCUCCUGCAAACGUUGUCGUCGCUUAAUGUUUCAAAUGACCAUGGAGUUGGAGAUGAAGAACUUGUUUCUUCAAUUGUCUCUUUAUGCCAGUCUCAGAAGUUUAACCAUUCACUCAAAGUGCAGCUUUUUAGUACACUGUUACUUGACCUUAAGAUUUGGAGUUUAUGCAGCUAUGGACUACAAAAAAAGCUUCUGUCUUCACUUGCAGAUAUGGUUUUCACCGAGUCAUCUGUCAUGCGAGAUGCUAAUGCUAUUCAGAUGCUUUUAGAUGGUUGCAGGCGAUGCUAUUGGACCAUUCACGAAAGUGACUCUGUCAAUGCCUUUUCUAUAAAUGAGGAUGCUCGCCUUGUUGGUGAGGUGAAUGCUUUGGUUGAUGAACUAUUAGUGGUUAUUGAACUUUUAGUUGUGGCAGCUCCUCCUUCCUUGGCUGUGGAGGAUGUUCGGUGUUUACUUGGGUUCAUGGUUGAUUGCCCUCAACCAAAUCAGGUUGUCAGGGUGCUACACCUGAUAUAUAGGUUGGUUGUUCAACCAAAUACAUCCAGGGCUAAAACCUUUGCCGAUGCAUUUAAAUCAUCAGGUGGUGUAGAAACACUUCUUGUUCUUUUGCAGCGUGAAGCGAAAGCUGGAGAUAUUGAUGCUUCAGACUUUUCAUCGAAGAGUGAUGACGCUUUAUCAUCCCAGAAAACUGAAUUAGAUAUUGGAAACGGGGCUUCAGAGGAUAUUGAUUACGAUGAUACAGGACGUAUGGAUAAAGAUGUUUCAACUUCACAGGCAAAGGCUUAUCAACCCAAGUCUUUUGAUGGGUCAAAGAUAUCUACUAUUGGAAGGAUGUCUUCUAUCCCUGAAAAUCCAUUUAUUAAAAAUUUGGGCGGCAUAAGUUUUUCAAUAAGUGCUGAAAAUGCACGGAAUAAUGUGUAUAACAUUGACAAAAGUGAUGGUAUCAUAGUUGGCAUUAUUAACCUCUUGAGUGCUUUGGUAAUAUCAGGAUAUCUAAAAUUUGAUAAGCCUGUUCCCCCGGAUGUGAUGAACAACAUUCUCAGUUUGCUUGAGGGAGGAGGUUCCAUGUUUGAUGAUAAGGUCUCCCUUCUUCUUUUUGGAUUACAAAAGGCUUUCGAAGCAGCACCAAACAGGCUUAUGACAAGCAGUGUAUACACAGCUUUACUGGCUGCCUCGAUAAACAUGUCUUCAACAGAUGAAGGUCUAUACUUGUAUGAUUCAGGCCAUCGCUUUGAGCAUCUGCAGCUAUUGUUGGUUCUUCUUCGUUCUCUUCCAUAUGCAUCGAUGGCAUUGCAAAGUCGAGCAUUACAGGAUCUUCUGAUUUUGGCAUGCAGUCAUCCAGAAAAUAGAAUCAGUCUUACGAAAAUGGAUGAAUGGCCUGAGUGGAUUUUGGAGAUCCUCAUAUCUAAUCAUGAGAAAAGUGGAAGUGAAAAUACAAAUUCAUCCGCCGCGAGAGAUGUAGAAGACUUUAUACACAAUUUCUUGAUUAUUAUGUUAGAGCAUUCUAUGCGCCAGAAGGAUGGAUGGAAGGAUAUCGAAGCUACAAUUCAUUGUGCAGAAUGGCUUUCUAUGGUUGGUGGUUCUAGCAUUGGAGAUCAAAGGAUUAGACGUGAAGAAUCAUUGCCCAUAUUCAAAAGAAGGCUUUUGGGUGACUUGCUGGACUUCGCUGCAAGAGAACUACAGGCUCAGACUCAAAUUAUUGCUGCAGCAGCAGCUGGUGUGGCAGCUGAGGGAUUGUCACCUGAGGAUGCGAAGGUGGAAUCUGAGAAUGCUGCUCAGCUUUCUGUAGCUCUGGUUGAGAAUGCAAUUGUGAUUCUAAUGCUUGUUGAAGAUCAUUUACGAUUACGAAGCAAACUUUAUAGUGCUUCACGUUUGCCAGCUAUAUCUCCUUCCCCUCUUUCAAAUAUUAUGCCUGUUUGCAACCCCUCUUCAACUGCGGUGGGUGGAGAAACUCUUGAACCGGUGCCUGCUCGUAACUCAGCAUCUAGUCACUCUAAAGGACUCUCUCUAGACGUGCUUGCUUCAAUGGCUGAUGCCAAUGGGCAAAUUUCUGCAGCAGUAAUGGAGCGGCUUACUGCCGCUGCUGCAGCAGAACCUUACGAAUCAGUCAACUGUGCUUUUGUAUCAUAUGGAAGCUGUGUUGUAGAUUUAGCAGAAGGAUGGAAAUACAGAAGUCGAUUGUGGUAUGGUUUUGGCCUUCCUUCAAAGGCAUCAGACUUCAGUGGUGGUGGCAGUGGCUGGGAAUCUUGGAAAUCUGCACUGGAGAAAGACUCUAAUGGAAACUGGAUUGAGCUUCCAUUAAUAAAAAAGUCAGUUGCAAUGCUUCAAGCUUUGUUAUUAGAUGAGUCAGAACUUGGUGGUGGUCUUGGUAUUGGAGGAGGAUCUGGUACUGGAAUGGGAGGCAUGUCAGGACUUCACCAAUUAUUAGACAGUGACCAACCUUUCCUAUGUAUGCUCCGAAUGGUGCUUGUUUCAUUGAGGGAAGAUGAUGAAGGUGAUGAUCGCAUGCUCAUGUUUAAUAUGGAAGAUAGAUCGCUGGAAAAUUUAGGUCGACAAGGCAGCAAUAUUUCAUCUUUUGAUACAAAUACCAGAAUGACAAUGAGAAAACCGCGAGCGUCAUUGCUUUGGAGUGUAUUAUCUCCUAUCCUGAAAAUGGCAAUUACUGAGUCAAAAAGGCAGCGAGUUUUGGUUGCUUCAUGCAUUUUAUAUUCUGAGGUAUGGCAUGCUAUCGGCAUGGACCGGACCCCUCUGCGCAAACGGUAUCUGGAGGUCAUUCUACCUCCAUUUGUUGCCAUUUUAAGAAAGUGGCGACCCCUUUUGGCAGGAAUUCAUGAGCUUGCUACUGCAGAUGGUAUAAAUCCUCUUGUUGCCGAUGACCGUGCCUUGGCUGCAGAUGCUUUGCCUAUCGAGGCUGCUCUUGCUAUGACAUCUCCUAGCUGGGCUGCUUCUUUUGCAUCACCUCCUGCUGCUAUGGCAUUGGCAAUGAUCGCUGCUGGUGCUGCUGGAGCAGAAACCGCUGCUCCAACUUCUUCACAUAUGAGGCGAGACUCUUCAUUGUUAGAGCGGAAAACAACUAAACUUCAUACAUUUUCUAGCUUUCAAAAACCUUUGGAGGUACCUAGCAAAUCUCCAGCUGCUGCCAAGGACAAGGCUGCUGCAAAAGCAGCUGCCCUGGCUGCUGCAAGAGACCUUGAACGCAAUGCAAAGAUUGGUUCAGGACGAGGUCUCAGUGCUGUGGCAAUGGCUACUUCAGCGCAGCGACGGCAAGAAAGUGAUACAGAACGUGUAAAGAGAUGGAAUGUUUCUGAAGCCAUGGGAACAGCUUGGAUGGAAUGCUUGCAGUCAGUUGAUUCAAAAUCCGUGUAUGGGAAGGACUUCAACGCUCUAUCCUAUAAAUAUGUUGCUAUCCUUGUUGGAAGUUUAGCUUUGGCUAGAAACAUGCAACGAUCUGAGGUUGACAGGAGGUCACAAGUUGAUAUAAUAGCUAGGCACCGCCUAUACACUGGAAUUCGUGAGUGGCGCAGGCUGAUUCACUCCUUGAUAGAGAUGAAAUGUCUUUUUGGGCCUUUUAGUGAUCGUUUAUGCAAUUCUCAACGCGUUUUCUGGAGGCUAGAUUUAAUGGAAAGUUCUUCAAGGAUGAGGAGGAUUUUGAGGAGGAACUACCAUGGUUCAGAUCACUUUGGUGCAGCUGCAGAUUAUGAAGAUCAUGCAGUGCAAAAGCAUGAGAAAGAUAAUGUCAUAAGUCCAUCCAAGGCUUCUAUCUUAGCUGCAGAAGCUAUCUCGAUUGAGGUGGGAAAUGAAGAGGAUGAGCAAGAAGACGUUGCCUAUUUGGACAGUAGUCCAAAUGGCAUGGAACAACACGAUGAAUUUCAUAAAAGAUCAUCUGGAACCGCUGAACAACCACUUCAAACGACAACAGAGUCUAGAGAUCCUCCAGUGACUAAUGACCCAGUCUUGCCAAUAGCAUCUGCUGUUGCCCCGGGCUAUGUUCCUAGCGAACAUGACGAAAGAAUAGUUCUUGAGCUUCCGUCUUCAAUGGUCCGACCACUAAAGGUUCUGAGAGGAACUUUUCAAAUAACAACAAGAAGAAUCAAUUUUAUUGUUGAUAACACGGAGAGCAAUGACCUGGGUGAUGGUUUGGAAAGUAAGACUGUGAAAAGGGUUCAAGAGAAGGAUUACAGCUGGUUAAUAUCAUCACUUCAUCAAAUAUAUAGCCGAAGAUAUCUUUUGAGAAGAAGUGCACUGGAAUUGUUUAUGGUUGACCGGUCAAACUACUUCUUUGAUUUUGGGGUCACUGAGGGACGAAGAAAUGCAUAUCGAGCUAUUGUUCAAGCUCGUCCUCCUCAUUUGAACAAUAUAUACCUUGCAACUCAGGUUUUUUACCAUCUGAUCCCUUGCCACCUUUCAUGCAAACAUCAUAAGACAUUCUGCACUCCAUACGAUCUUUGGUCCAAAAUGAAUCUGCUGGCUAUCUUCACUUGGAACCUUAAAAUCGUGGAGGAGGAAGACGGCGACGACAGGAAUGAAAGAAGAGAUUUAGACCACAUAUAUAUAUAUAACUUCAAAACCAUGGAUUUUCAGGUUUUCUGGAGGCUAGAUUUAAUGGAAAGUUCUUCAAGGAUGAGGAGGAUUUUGAGGAGGAACUACCAUGGUUCAGAUCACUUUGGUGCAGCUGCAGAUUAUGAAGAUCAUGCAGUGCAAAAGCAUGAGAAAGAUAAUGUCAUAAGUCCAUCCAAGGCUUCUAUCUUAGCUGCAGAAGCUAUCUCGAUUGAGGUGGGAAAUGAAGAGGAUGAGCAAGAAGACGUUGCCUAUUUGGACAGUAGUCCAAAUGGCAUGGAACAACACGAUGAAUUUCAUAAAAGAUCAUCUGGAACCGCUGAACAACCACUUCAAAUGACAACAGAGUCUAGAGAUCCUCCAGUGACUAAUGACCCAGUCUUGCCAAUAGCAUCUGCUGUUGCCCCGGGCUAUGUUCCUAGCGAACAUGACGAAAGAAUAGUUCUUGAGCUUCCGUCUUCAAUGGUCCGACCACUAAAGGUUCUGAGAGGAACUUUUCAAAUAACAACAAGAAGAAUCAAUUUUAUUGUUGAUAACACGGAGAGCAAUGACCUGGGUGAUGGUUUGGAAAGUAAGACUGUGAAAAGGGUUCAAGAGAAGGAUUACAGCUGGUUAAUAUCAUCACUUCAUCAAAUAUAUAGCCGAAGAUAUCUUUUGAGAAGAAGUGCACUGGAAUUGUUUAUGGUUGACCGGUCAAACUACUUCUUUGAUUUUGGGGUCACUGAGGGACGAAGAAAUGCAUAUCGAGCUAUUGUUCAAGCUCGUCCUCCUCAUUUGAACAAUAUAUACCUUGCAACUCAGGUUGGCGCCAGCGAUCUUUGGUCCAAAAUGAAUCUGCUGGCUAUCUUCACUUGGAACCUUAAAAUCGUGGAGGAGGAAGACGGCGACGACAGGAAUGAAAGAAGAGAUUUAGUACUUUUGCAGCCCAUUGGUGCAUUGAAUGCUGAUAGACUAAAGAAAUUCCAAGAGAGAUAUUCCAGCUUUGAUGAUCCCGUUAUCCCCAAGUUCCAUUAUGGUUCACAUUAUUCAACGGCUGGAACAGUGCUGUAUUACCUCAUGAGAGUGGAACCUUUUACUACUCUUUCUAUUCAACUUCAAGGUGGCAAGUUUGAUCAUGCCGACAGAAUGUUCUCAGACAUUGCUGCUACUUGGAAUGGAGUUCUCGAGGACAUGAGUGAUGUAAAGGAAUUGGUCCCUGAACUAUUUUAUCUCCCAGAAGUUUUAACCAAUGAAAACUCGAUUGACUUUGGUUCGACUCAACUGGGAGGAAAGCUUGACUCAGUUCUGCUUCCUCCUUGGGCUGAAAAUCCAGUGGAUUUCAUCCAUAAGCAUCGGAUGGCACUUGAGAGUGAGCAUGUUUCAGCACAUUUGCAUGAAUGGAUCGAUCUCAUAUUCGGGUACAAGCAACGUGGAAAGGAAGCCAUACAGGCAAGCAAUGUUUUCUUCUACAUCACUUAUGAAGGAACAGUUGAUAUUGAUAAAAUAUCAGACCCGGCACAACAACGUGCUACUCAAGAUCAGAUUGCUUACUUUGGCCAAACCCCAUCACAACUUCUAAGUGCACCUCACAUGAAAAGGAUACCACUGGCAGAUGUCCUUCACAUGCAGAUAGUUUGAAAACCUGGUGCGGAAACGUUAUGAAUUCUUGUGAUAAGAAUUGUAAUGAAAGAACUAUAUUGGAAUGACUUGCUAUUUAUUGAUUGAAUAAUAAUUGAUGUUGUUGAAAAAUGGACAAUGCUUCUAUAUUUAUAGGCAAGAUUAUUUCCUACUUCUACUACUACUAGCUUUGAUGUCCGAACUCUUUGAAAUGGUCGGAAUAUCAGUGUCGAACACGACACGAAACGAUAGGGGUAUAG